AUCUUGACCUAUGGCUUUGUAGAGAGAGGUUGCAGUAUGAAGUGGAGGGUGUAGGUUGUUCAAAAUGAGCAGUAGCAGUAUGCUGGCACUGGUUCUCCUUCUGCGGGCUGCUGAUUGGACAGCGCUCUAUAACCCGCUGCAGCGCACCACCUCGCAACCAUUCGUCUCGUUCACUACACAGUCCGUUCGCUUUGUGCUUUGCAGACAAAUGGCUGGAUUUCACCAAGGCAGAUAAUCUGACCGAAAAGCCCUGACCCGUCGAGGCAUGGACUCCACUAGACCCCUGAAGGUGUGCUGUGGUAUCUGGCACCAAGAUGUUAGCAGCAGAUCCUUUAAGUCCUGUAUAUUGCGAGGUGGGGCCUCCAUGGAUCUGACUUGUUUAUUCAGCACAUCCCACAGAUGCUCGAUUGGAUUGAGAUCUGGGGAAUUUGGAGGUUAAGUCAACACCUUAAACUCAUUGUUGUGCUCCUCAAACCAUUCCUGAACCAUUUUUGCUCUGUGGCAGGGCGCAUCAUCCUUUUGAAAGAGGCCACAGCCAUCAGGGAAUACCGUUUCCAUGAAAGGGUGUACAUGGUCUGCAACAAUGCUUAGAUUCGCUUUUAGCAUAAAAGUGGGCUCUGGGAAGACAAACACCCCUCAAAUGCAAAGAGGACAGCUUGGCUUUCUGUGACCUACAGACAAAGAGACAUCCUGCUGCACCUGACCUGAGAAGCAUCUCUGUCCACUGCUUUAUGCUUUAUUAAUGAUGUCGGAACAGACGCAGUGCAGCUAUGACCCACAGUGAUUAGAAGGUCAAUCAUAAGAAAGUGGAUGCAAAUCUCAGAAGAUCGGAAUAGUGUAGAAGCUUCUAGAAACAUCUAGAACAGUGGUUCUUAAUCAUUUUAACUCAAAGGCCCCCAUGACAAUGCUUUCUUGUUAUUAAUCUUUUUUAUAAAUAAACAGAGAUACUUACUGAUACUUAUUAAAAUAUAUAUGAUUUCUUGAUUUUUAUGUAUUUUUAAGCAUUUUAAUAAAGUUAGAUUAUUUUAAUUUAUUAAUUAUUACAAUAAUAAUAUAUUAAUUUGAAUAAUUUUAUCCCUUGGACGUUUGCUGAUGCCCCUAGUGGGUCCCAUCCACCUGGUUGAGAACCACCGAUCUAGAAUGAGAAUGAGUAAAGAGAACGCCGCCUUUGUCCUUUAUCAAUAACUGCAUAUGAAAGAACAUUAAUAUCCAUUUAAAUAACAAGAGAUGAUCGGUGGCAUUUGGUACGUGAGGAAUAUUUGAGUAAUGUUUGUGUUUCCAGAACGAAUGCUUCUAAACAAAACUAAACCAGCACUGACAUCAAAAAUGGAUGGUUUGUGCUCAUUUGAGCGAUGUUUUCCAAAUAACUACACGUGAUUGGCCUGUGGGCUGAUUGGCAGGUGAUCCAGCCAGUGACGAGAUGCCAUCCAAGGUGUCAUGCCUGUAUUUGCUGACUGUGGUCUGCUGGGCCAGUGCUCUGUGGUAUCUCAGCGGCUCCCGGCCCUCAACCACCUACGUGGGUCAGAUGACCUUCAUUCGCAAACCGCUCCCGCGGCUCUCGAAGAACGACACGUUCAGCAAUAUCCGCACGCGUACGCUGAACCCACACAAUUUCAAGUUCCUCAUCAAUGAACCCAAAAAAUGUGAAGGCACGACGCCCUUUCUUGUCCUCCUCAUCAGCACCAACCACAAGGAGUUUGACGCCCGGCAGGCGAUCCGAGAGACGUGGGGAGAUGAGAACAUAUUCGUCGAUGUUCGCAUUGUGACGCUGUUUCUUCUCGGGUACAACACUGAACCUGUGCUCAACCAGAUGGUGGAACAAGAAAGCCAGAUCUUCCAUGACAUCCUAGUCGAGGACUUUGUGGAUUCCUACCACAAUCUGACCCUGAAGACUCUCAUGGGGAUGCGGUGGGUGUCCUCAUUCUGCCCAAAUGCACAGUACGUCAUGAAAACAGACAGCGAUAUAUUUGUCAACAUGGACAAUUUAGUGUUUAACCUGCUGAGACCCAAUGCCAAACCAAGGCGCCGCUUUUUCACUGGUCACGUGAUAAAUGGAGGACCCAUACGUGAUGUUCACAGCAAGUGGUUCAUGUCUAGAGAUCUCUACCCUGAUAGCAGGUACCCACCUUUUUGCUCUGGGACUGGAUACGUCUUCUCCGGAGACAUGGCAGAGCUGCUCUAUAAGACCUCCCUACAUACGAGACUCCUACAUCUGGAGGAUGUGUACGUGGGACUGUGCCUGCGGAAACUAGGCAUUCAGCCGUUCCAGAACAAUGGAUUCAAUCACUGGAAAAUGACCUAUAGUCUGUGCCGAUACCGAAAAGUGUUGACUGUACAUCAGAUUUCACCAGAGGAGAUACUGAGAAUAUGGAACGAUAUGUCCAACAAGAAACAUCUCAAAUGCUAACAAAUAGUUUAGGAAUAUGUUGAGCCAAUAUGUGAUACUGAAAACAAGUUGGUAUUAACAAGACUAUUUAAGGCUUUUCACAUUUGAAAUAUGUGUUAAUCCUGGGUCAUUCUAAACCCUGGGUAAUCUUGGUUCAUGUUUAACAAUUAAUCCUGGGUAUUCAUAAGCUGAUGUUUCACACUAAACCCAUUCCUAAACCCUGAGUUAACAUUCUUAUUUGCAUAUUUGCUGUGUCAGUGUCAUUGAUUGGGCGAACGCUGCACGUGACCUGUUUACAUAAAGGCUCUAGUGUUGCACAUCCUCAUACUAUAUAUUAUUGACUGUAAUAUCAAGUUUGUCCUGAAUGGAUUGUUCAAACUAUAAAGGUAAAAAUGAAACUGUCUCUUCUUAACUCGAAUUGGCAUGUUUUCUGUCACCAUUUUACAUUUUUCCCCUCAAAAACAUAGCCUACUCUUUAUACAGUGUCUCGUGCGGUUUUUCUGUGGCUGUACAAAGCAUUUGAAUAUGAGGCACACAAUUGGCUGUCUGUUACUAAGCAUCUAGCCAUAACUUUGUAACACUGCUUCAUUUCACACUACACAUUUGGCACCGCAAUGCAGUUAAAGGGUUAGUUAAAUUCUGUCAUUAAUUACUGUCAUUAAUUCUGUCAAAUUAAAAUUCUGUCAUUAAUUACUCGUGUCGUUCCACACCCGUAAGACCUUUGUUCAUCUUUGGAACACAAAUUAAGAUAUUUUUGAUAAAAUCCAACGGCUCAGUGAGGCUUGCAUUCCCAGCAAGUUAAUUUAGACUUUUAAACCCCAGAAAGCUACUAAAGACAUAUUUAAAACAGUUAAUGUGACUACAGUGGUUCAAUCUUAUUGUUAUGAAGUGACGAGAAUACUUUUUGUGCACCAAAAUAACAAAAUAUCAACUUUAUUCAACAAUAUCUAGUGAUGGGUGAUUUCAAAACACUACUUCAUGAAGCUUCGAAGCUUUACGAAUCUUUUGUUUCGAAUCAGUGGUUCAGAGCAUGUAUCAAACUGCCAAAAUCACGUGAACCAUUGAAAUUUCUAAACACUUAUGAGGUAAUGAAGCCUCGUUUACUGAAAUCGUGUGACUUUGGCAGUUUGCUGUCACGCUCCGAACCACUGAUUCGAAACAAAAGAUUCGUAAAGCUUCAGAAACCAGUGUUUUGAAAUCGCCCUUCACUAGAUAUUGUUGAAUGAAGUUGUUUUGUUUUUUGGCACACAAAAAGUAUUCUCGUCGCUUCAUAACACUAAGACUGAACUACACAUGAACUGUUUUAAACAUGUCUUUAGUAGCUUUCUGGGCAUUUGAAAGUGUUAAUUAUCUUGCUGGCAAUGGAGGCCUCACUGACCCAUCGGAUAUUAUCAAAAAUAUCUUAAUUUGUGUUCUGAAGAUUAACGAAGGUCUUACGGGUGUGGAACGACAUGAGGGUGAGUAAUUAAUGACAGAAAUUUUUAUUUUUGGGUGAACUAACUCUUUAACACCACAAAAGUGGUGAUAACCCUGUUCCAGAGCAGGGUUUCAUAACCCCACUUCUAAAUUACAAAUCUGAAACUUUCUUUUACCCAGGGUUAAAAGCGGGUUUAGAAUGACGUUAACCCGGGGAUAAGUGCAGUGUGAAAAGCCCUCUUGUGAUCCUCCGAUGUCAGUCUGUAGAGCAAUAUGCACUGGGUCAAACUGGAUUCACAAGUUAUUUGCAGUGGUUAUAAUGGUUUUAAACAGGGCCUUGCAUCUUUACAAACAUUAUUCAUAUACCAAGUCGCUGUGAAUCGCUUUAUAUUAAUAGUACCAACUUUCAAAGGAACUCAGUAUUAUAUAAGAAAUAGCAGUGAAGUAUUUACUAUGCCAAAUGUCUGCUAUAAACUACAUUUAUUCUUAAAAUGAAUGAUAUCUAGAUUAACCCACAAUAAUGCAUAUUUAUGUGUAGUUAAAGUCUUUGCAAAGCAGUAGAGCUCAGUUCUAUAUCGGUGAGUAAGAACAUUAUUUUCUUUUGUUUAGGUUACAAUGAAAUGAUGCAAAAAUAGAUGGUAUAUACACUUUAAUUUUGCAUGCAAUAGUCACUUUCUAAUUCUUUUCUUAAAGGGGUUGUAUUCUUUUAUCAUGAUUUUUAUCGUUCAUUUUUUAAUAGUAUAUUUUAUUGUAUUAUUUUUAUGUCAUUUGUUUUUUUUAAAAUAUAUAUUACUGUACUUAAUUUACUUUUGUUUUUUGUCUUUUUAUAUGAAUAUUUUGUCCCCUGAGGUUUAACAUGACUAUUUUCCUCUUUUUUACUCUUAUAAUUAAUUGGUUCUGAAGGUUACAGUAUGUUUUAAUAGUACAACUGACAUUUUAUUUAAAAUAAAUGAACAUUUAAUUGCUCAUGAUGACCCCUCUUUCCAUAAGGAGCUAUGCAAUACUCCAAGCAAUCUGGCUAAAUUUGAGAAUCUGAGCAGCAUGCUUAAACCAGUAAUCCAGUAGCCCCAUAUAAUAACACUGGGCCAGAAAUGUGAACUUUUCACUUUUACAAAUAGUAUGUACUUUGUAUUUUUGACAACCAUGUUGAGUCAUUAUGUGCUGCAUUACUGCAUAUUUAGCCAUGUGAUUGUACUGCUGGUGGAUGAAUGAAACAGGACGGGGAUGAAAACUGUCUUGUAUUGUAAUAAUGUAACACAAAUUACAUAUAGCACAUAUAAGGCCAUGCUGGGACCAUGCACUUUAUUUUGUAUCUGAAAACUCAUGGACUGGCUCGUUUUACACUGCUAACUGUAUAUUUAAUAAACAUAUCCACUUUUUCUAAAAUAAAAGUGUCACUGUAAAGGUUCCUGUACAUUAUGAUACAUAUGUAAUCUGGACACAAAAUGUCAGAUAAUUGUACAACUCAUUGAGAGAACAUGCAUUUAAACAUGCCUUCAACUGAAUGUUUAACAUACUAACUACAGUUAUUUUUUUAUUUUUUUUUUUUUACUAUCGCUUGGACCACUUAUUUAAUACUUGGGUCACUGUUUCAAAAGCUCCUCGCGUGGUGAGCACAGCAGCAGUCAACGUGGGCUAAACUGUGGAUCAUUUAUCAUUGCUUUGACACUGUAAUAUGCCAUUUAAUCAUAGUAAACUUUAAAUAUGUUAAAGUAUCCAAUCAAAUCAAAGUCAAUCAAUUUCUAAAAACAAUGCUUAUCAAGUUGUUUUACCAGGUGGUGCUAGUCACAAUCCAGCCAUAUCCUUUCCAUUUGUCAACUGUUCAACAUUACUGACACCUUUUGGCCAAGCAAUGCCAAAUCAACCUUGUACUGUACAAACAGAUCAAUCCAUCAAUCCAUUUCGCCAUAUCCAUCAAUCCAAUCCAAACCAAACCAAACCACCAGAGAGCAAUGUUAAAUAAUCUGAUCUAGUAAGACAAUAUAUGCUGUUAGAAAUUGUUCCCACAAUUUUACCAAUGUAAGGGUGCUUACUGUAUUCAUUAUUGGAAACUGGCUUCUACCUUCUGCCAUUAGAAGUAUAAAAAAAGUAAGGUUAUUUUAAAGAAAACAAGCGAUAAGUAUUUUUUAGUACAACAGUAAACUGGUUCUGUUUAUAUAAUAAUUUUGCUCAUUACAUUAACUUAAUAUUGUGUGUAAUUUCAACUCAAAUUUUAUUGUUAUUAUUUUAUUAAGUUGUAGUAACUUAAUGAAAUUGUCUUGAUAACUUUGGAUAUUGGGCAGUGGAGUUUUAGUUCCCAGCAUGCUUUGCAUAGGACUGGAUAAGGAAAAUAAAUGGUGAAAUUGUUA